GCAUUACGAGAGUGAAUCCCCCUUCCCUCUUCUCCCCCAGACGCUGAGAGACACGGCAAGAGCAGGUAACAGAGAGAGGAAGGGGAGAGGCGGGAAGGGGAAAGAGAGGAGAAGAGAGGAACGGAGAGGAGAGGAGAGGAGAGGAGAGGAGAACGUGUGGAAGCAAGAGAACAAGAGAAAGAGAAGAGGGGGCUGCGAGAAAUACAGAUGGUAGGAGAGACAGAGGGAAGGGAGAGUAGUAAUCCCGCCGUCUGGAACGGCAAACGAUGCGCGCUGCCUCACGAGCGGGCGCGCGCGCGCGCGCCUUUACAAAACAACGCAUUUGAAAACUCGGAACUCGUCCUCAACAAUUCAUAGCGAGAGUUAAUUAUCCAACCGCUCGUGCGCGAUCGACAUCACCUACAAACUUUUGCUACCCCCCCAUAUCGGUACCUCGGUACUAAUAAUAAACUCAGACUGGACGCGCGGUGAACAGGGCAACGGAUCAUAGCCGCGGCCGACGCCGGGGAUCGCACAUCACGUCACUGAUAUCCGUUUCGGAAGCGAAACCAGUGAAAUAGUGCCGUGUAUACGGGACGGCCGCAGGAGCUAGUGAUCAUGCCACUGAUAUCGUUAAUCAUGUUGUAAACAUGUGUAAGGGGAAGCUCCCACGAAAAAAGCGCGGGAGCAUGAUUGCAUUAUGACAGAAAAAUCAACCGCUUUUUUACGUUAAUCCGCCGCCACCGUCGCGGUCACGAUGUCCCCGUAGCAUCGUGAUGAAAGCGCUUAUUCUUUCUCUAUCAUCCCGCUGUCAUGCUGUCGCCUAAUAGGCCGAGGAUCCAAGAAAAAGCGCGUAUUUAAUUGAUUUUACCUACCGUUGAACAUUGGCCGAGCGUUUACCGAUUCGAAAGGCUUUUAAAACAUUGAACCGCCGCCGGGGUGUCGCGGCUAGUGUGUAAUCUUUCUCUUGUGCUACGGAUUUGUACAUAUGAGUUCGUCGCGCGCUCAUUUGUACGACCACCGAAAGAGCGCCCGUUCGCGCUCUCGAAUCGGAGAACUCGAUCGAGAAAGAUCACAGAAUUCUCAGGUUGAAAGUUGUAAUCGGUGAUGUGCCGUGCAUAUAUAUCAGUAUACUGACCAAUGAUCGCUGCUGAUACCAGUGACCAUGAUGCUCGCGUUGGCGAUUACAGGGUCCGACGGGACCGUUCACCCGAGAAUAAGCCGAUGUUGAUAACAAUGUCCGAAUUUAAAUUUUCUGCAAAAAGUAAGAUCUGUAAGGACAACGCUGUGGAGCUGUUGCAAAAUUUCGACAAGAGCGAGGGCACUCCCAACUCGUCGUUGGACGACAGUCUGCUGAACGGUGGCGGCUGCAGCGGUCAGCAGUUAUUCCUGGACUGCGACAUUUGCGGCGAGCGGUUCGCCUCGAAGAAGCCGCUGCGCGUUCACAUCAACACCCACCUAAGGAAGUUGCGUAUCGUCCUCAAGAGGGUCGUGAAUCCAAAGGUAGUGAAGGUGAAGAAGGACACGUACUGGCUGGAUCCCGAGAAGACCGGUCUACUGAAGCUGACCCUGAAGAAGCAGAGCGCCGCGAAGAGCCCGAACGACUCGCUGAAGCUCACCUUGAAGAAAUCUUCAGAAUCGGAAGAUUUCACAGUAGUGAACAAUAACUUUUACCCAGUCAUCAAGUGCUCUCAGGAGAGAGACGUGGCAGGUGCUAAGGAAAAUGAUCCGAAGAGCGAUAAGGCACAGGAGAACUCGAUUGACGAACCUUUUGAGAACGUGAUGGUGGAUCAACAAGAUGAUUACGACAAUGGUAAGCUGGACACUGACCACCACAAUCCUCUGGAAGAGAAUGAAAGACCAUCCGCAGAUAUCAAUGAGAGCGACUCUGAUGUAGGGAGUGAUAUGGCAAAUCCAUCUGAGAAAGAUGAUCAGAAUGCUGAUGAUACGCAAAGUGCUGACAAGUUUGAUAAUUCUGAGAAGAGGCUUUCAGAAUCGGAGGAUCACGAGGAGACAGAUGCUUUGGAGGCAACUUGCAGGGAGACAAUUGAAAACUUGAAGAAACUUGGUGAACAAUCGAGUUCUAGGUCAGCUAGUCAACUGAUCGACAGUUCAUCGGUGGAAGAAGAAGAUGACAGAAGUCCUGAAUCCAACAUGAUACAUAAUCUCGAGCAGAAUCCUGCCAUCAGCAUUAACCCAAAGUCUUUCACAUUUUCUAAUCACACGACCGAACGCACUUCGAUAUGUGACAAUGAAGAUAAGAACAGAGAAUCAACUGAGGCAUCGCAUACACAAGGUUUUAAUUGGAAUCAACUAUCCGAUUUAUCCAGUAAGAGCAAUGAAGACUUCAACAAGGAAGAUAGCGAACAACAAGGAGACGCUUGUGGUGAUGCUAACAUGGACAACGCUGGAUCGAUUUUACAGAGUUUUCUCAUCGAUCAUCAGAGGCGCAAUUCGAACGAGGUAUCGUUGUCGAAUAAUAUGGCAUCGAGCGAAACGGCGGAAUAUGUACCUCUUGAGAAAUUGGCGGAGACCAUUAACACGUGUCGUGUCUGUAAUGAGAAGUUUAAAGACAUCGCGCAUCUGGAAGAGCACCGUAGCAAGGCUGGUCACUAUCAGUGCAACAUACCAGAAUGCGCCAAUCUUUUUCACUCCACGAUGGAAAUGUCGAUACAUCGGGCACAAGUACACAAUACCCCGCUCUCGCCGAGCGUGAGCCAGUUGUCGCCCCAUCAUUUGCCGUCGAGCACAAACACAUCACAUCUGAGCCAAGCCACACAUUCGCCCCAUACAGUUUCUGCUGCGUCCAUGCCAGAGACUACGAACGGUUCGCAUCAGCUUAGCAGAACCUCGCCUUUAACGUCGCCACAUCAGACAAAUUCACCGACAUUUAAUGCAGCAGUAGCGGCGGGUGCUGCUGGUCAGCAAAUGCAAAUACCGCCAGUGAACUUUGAACAGCUACCACCACCCGUGCAACAACUGGCUCAGCAAGUGCAGCGUAUGCCUCUUCCACAGGCACAAAUGCCACCUAGUCUUCCUCCAGGAGCCAACACAAUGAUACCCGGGUCAAAUUAUUUUGUACAGCCACCAGGACGGCCGCCAUUGUACAGAGUACCUGGUCCACAGGGUAUACACUAUCCGCCGCAUAUGGCACACUUGUAUCAGUAUGGACCAGGUCCAUAUCCUCAAAUGGGCGCGCCUCCUCCACAAAUGCAUCCCCAAAUGCAGCCCCAACAAAUUCCACGGGGACGAUAUCCAUCGGCAUCUGUUGUUCAAAACAGCAGAGCACCGCGGUUACCACAGACCGGUCCGGUUCCUCGCCAACGUAUGAAGAGGCCCCUGCAACAACCUGUGCAGCAACAGAAUAACACGCCAUCUGCAAAACAAAGGCGUAUGGAUGUUCUGUUGCCUGACAGAAAUGAGGAUGCAGACUGCCAUGUCAUAGCUCAACAAAAGAGAAAUGACGGACUGCCUGUUAUUCAAAAUGUCCAAGGGGCCACUACGCAACAAACCACCAGUAGAAACGAUUCUACGAUACACCUCACAGAUUCGAUCACUCUGAGUGUUCGGCAACCUGGUUCCAUCCCAGCUCAAGUCCAGAACACGUCGAACCCAGGGGGAAAAAAAUCCGACGCCAAGGCGGUGGCAAAUGUCCUCGCGGCUCGAGGUAUAACCGUUACUCCAGCUGCAAAUAAAAAUAAGACAAGUGAACAAAACAAACAGCAAAUACCCCCCCAGCAGCAGCAGAGGCCAUCACCUUCACAGCAGCCUUUAAAUGUUACAGCGCUCAAUCUGAAUUCUGCUAUUUCUAUCAUACCAACUAGUUCACAAAGAAAGCAGCAAGAACAAGGGCAGUUUGCUGUUCCGCAAAACAAGCAAAAUAAAUCGCCAAUCAAUGACCAAGUUGAACGACCACCGAGACCACCGACUGUGGAUCUUACGCAAGAUACUCCGCCACAGAUGCCAGUUGUUAGGCGUGGUAGGCCACCUAGAGCGUUACUAACGUGUCAAGUAUGUGAUAAAAACUUUCAAAAUCAAGAUAUGUUAACGCAGCAUAUGGCGACUCAUCGAACGACUAGCAAACUGCUUCACAGGUGCAAUCUUUGUCCAGCUCAAUAUCCUACAGUUCAAGCAUUGACAACGCACAAACAAACUUACCAUAAGGAAGUCGAUGCCGUGGCACAAAACGGAGGCACGGAACUGGCUUUGCCAGUUGUAGAUUUAAAGUCGCCGCAUGUUCUAAACCGUUUGGCAAACUUGGGCAUUCACAGCUACAUACCAUUGUCGCAGCUAAGUGCUCAAACCGGUGGUUAUUUCGGUUUGCCAAUAAUCACAAUAGAUGGCGCGAGGAAUACAAGCAUCUGCAAUUUGGGUGCGCUUGGUGCUACCUCCAUAUUAAGUCUCGGUCCUCUUAAACAUAUAUCGAACGGGUAACCGCGGACAAACUCGCAUUUGGCCUAUUCCACGAGUGCAAUCAUGCUCCUCUUUGGUUGUUGUAUUCAAAUUGGUUCACUUGUUAUUGUAUUGCCAAUGACCAUGACACAUAACGUCCUGAUUUCUGAAGAGAAAACCGUGAUAUAGUUUAAGUAGAGUCGUCAUAAAUGCGACAUUUUAUAUAUAAAGAAUAUAUCGAAAUAUGUUCUUUAUGUAAGGAAUACAUCCAAGAUUUGUUUGUGAACUUUUCUUUAAUCUUAUUACGAAAAAGAGAACGGUCGAUGACUGACUUAGACAUAAAAUUUGUUAAUUUAUAUUUAUAGACUUAAAGCAAUACAGUAUUCUUCGCAUAAAAACUUUUCUGAUUAAAAUUAUACUACAUUUUGAUAAGAUUUUAAGAUCCAAUUAAUCUAGAAAAAUUAACCCUUUUGCUACGGCAGAGCGCUGGCCGAGGAAACAUACGGAAGAGCCGUGAGUGCGCUUUGCCGCGGACGGACGUUUCAAAUUUAUCACUUCGUGAUAAAGCAACUGAUUCAUAAUUUACAAUAAUUUUGUUUCGCUUGCUAUGAAUAACUAAAAAAUUUUCCUGUAAAGUUUAAACGAGUCUAAAAGAUUUAGAAAAAACUUUAAACUUCAUUGUAAAUAUCCUUUUUUUUUUCUUGACUUAUAAUAAAUAUAAGUAUAAAAGAUAUAGGUUAUAAGUUUUAAUUUAUAUUUUAAUGAUUAAUUUAAAAGUAAAACAAAAAGUCUCCGAACUUGUUUGGUUCUUACGGAAAUUUUAUAUUUAAUUAUUUCAUAUUUGUAUUUCUCAUUUCGGUUUGAUUUUUGCUAGAACGAAAUUUCCGAUGUGACUUAGGUCAGAUCUAUAAUAGAUAUAGCAAGUCUUAAGUCGUAAGGGAUUAACCAAUUCGAUUAUUCUUACAUUUAACUGUGAUUGGUUUUUUACGGCUUAGAGCUUAUUACAUCUAUUGUAAAUUCAGGAGAAUGCUUUAUCCAGAUUUUUAUAUCAUAUAGUCAUAAUUUAUGUUCGUAAAAGUUUUCAAUGAUUCUCAAUAGAGCUUUAUUAGUUACAAUUUAUUGUAUAUAAUAAAUUGCAUACAAUAAUCUCUAAUUUAUGUUCAUAUGUAGACUUUCAGUGUUAGUGCAUAUCGGAGCGCAUCAGACUCUCCGCCCUCCCCUUUUCUUUUUAAGAUGACUUAGGCUAGUACAAUAUUUAAGAUAAUCUUAAAUAUAAGAUUCGAUUGUGAAUACUGGCCUUGGACACACAUGUUUGGAAACUUAUUCUCACUUUAGCUUCGUGCACGGCAAAUACGUAUAUCGGUUAUGCAUUUUAACGGUCAUUCGUAUGUAACAACAACUUAGUACUCGGUGAAUAUGCACUGUGGCCAUUUCGUAGCUGAAGGGUUAAAGUAUGAGGAAUGUAAUAUAUGUCGGUAAUGUCGGUAACAGAAGGAAUCUUAAACUAUGAAUUAUUUUGUAUAUUUUUUUAAAUAAAGAUAUCAAAAAUAGAAAUAUUGCUCUGCUAAACUUACGUGUUCCAUAUAUAAAUGAUUUAGUAAAAGGUAACUGCAUAGCUAAAUCUUACUUUGUUAUUGCAAUGCUUUAGGUUUAAGGUAUGUACAUCUAAUAAAAAGUUUUAUAACUUUCUAUCAUCGGAAAACUGUAUUGACAGUAUCAAAUAUAAAAUGUUAGGUUGUGUUACACAAAAUUGUUGAUACUCUAUUCGAUUUAAGAUUGAAAAAUUAAUAAAAUUGAGAUAAAAUCUACUUCAGAUUGUGUUAUUCAACAGUUAUGCAACCGUUGGGUUUUAUUUAUUUUUUUACAAUUGUUUUUGUUUGACUUUCUUCAUAGAAAUAAACAAUACAAGAUGAAAGAAUUGCACAUAUUUUAUUAAUAUUUUAUUAAUAUUAUUUCAAAUACUUUUAUGUAUUAUACUCUUAAUUAUUUUUAUGUAUUAUAAUACUUUUAAUCAUUUUAAAAUUUAAUAUUAUUAAAAAAAAAUACAGCUUAAAUAGAUUAAAAUUAUAAACGUUAAUACAAUAUUCAAGAAAAUUCUAUUAGCCAAAGACCUAUUCGGUAGUGAUUUAAAAUUUUUUAUUUUGAAAAUCUAGAUAGACUUAUCCUACUGUUAAUACAUAUUUUGAUGGAUUAAAACUUGGGUUUUUUUAAAAUUUUUAUUUUAGGCAAUAAAAACAAUUUCUUAUGGUACAACCUAAUACAUACUAAAAUAUUUUACAUGUGCAUUAUACGCGAUAAACUAUGCUGAUGUACCUACCUACUUCAAACAAUUAUUUUGUUUAAAAAAUAAUAUUUGAAAAUAUUAUAUCAAUAAAAUUAUAUCUAAUAUUCAUGUUUUAAAAGACGUAUUCACUCUGAUUGUUCGCUGUUUGCGCGUUGCACGAAGAAAUUUGCAAAUAGGUUGAAGAGAAGAACAACAUUGAUAUGAAUAUUUUUUUAAAUUCUAUAUUAUUAGAAUCUGGCACAUUUUAAUAUUUUACUUCUUAAAAAAAAUCGGUCUUUUAAAAGAAACUUAAUAUUAAAAUAUUAUGUUUUUUAUAUUAUAUUUCGCUUAUUGAUUUUUGCAAAAUAUUUAAUAUAUGUAAUGUAAAAAUAUGUUUUCUCACCGAAAGGCCAGAAUGGAUAAAAUCUUUUAAAGAUAUUACAAUUCUCGAAAUAAGUAUCGUUGAUACAUUGACGAGAAAAAUAAUCUUUUGUUAGAAGAGGAAAACUCUUAUUUUGUAAUCGACAAAAUAUCAAAAUGCAACUUAUUAAGUUACAAGAUAAGUUGUAUAUACAUUUUGUAUAAAGAAAGACAAAAGUGAUUAAAAAUAUAUUCCUUUAUACUUGAAAA